GAGCCUUGAGAAUAUGCUGAUCAACAAAAAAACACAACCUCUAACUUACGUCAAUUUGACCAACUUUCUCAUUCGCACACUUUUCCAUGUACAGGAGGAGGACCAACUCAAAUCCUGAGUGGGUUGGAUCAUGCAUCACUGAGGAGGAACAUCAGAAAAAACGGAAAGUAGUUAAUUACCUAAGUUUUGGAAGUAGAUGCAAAGUUAUGGACAUCACUAACUAUGAAGAUACUGCUUCUAGAAACCAAGGUACUGAAAACGUAGAACGAAGCAGACGCACGUCGACGUCGCAUAUUUCAAGGACAUAUCACAAACCACGUGAAAACUGCACAAUAAGUUAAAGGUGGAAGUUGGCUGGCAAAAAUGUAUUGGUAGUUAGAAGCAAGAAAAUUUUAUUUAAACAAAAAAUAAGUAAGAUAAAAGGAUAAGAACCGGAUUUCUUGGGCUUCAUUAUCUAGCUCAAUAAAAAAAGUGUGCAGUGCAGAAUAUCAAAGAUAGCUUUAUUAAGCUAAUGACACAUGAAAUGCAUUUAUAUACAAGUUUUGGCAGAAUAAGCUUAAAUAAUUUCUUUACAAUAUAAUACUUCAGCCGCAUAGCUUAGUGCUUUAAUCAUUUACCACGUACACAAAGCUAGUAAUGAUCUAAACGAAUAAUCUGUUCUAUCAUUGUAUAAUAAAAAGUAUUUCUGAGGGAUGCGAACGGCAUUGAGGGGUAUUUUUGGAUAUUAGCCGAUUAUUUCGAUAAAUCUAAAAGAACUUGGCUAAAAACUAAGCUCAGCCUAAAAAAGUAUCAAAAGAUAACGAGGCUACGAAGAAAUAAUAUCAAAGUUUGGUGCUAAUCAUAUUUUAUACAAAAAAGAACAAAAAGGAACAUAACGAAACUUUCGUUACGUUCCUUUUUGUUUCUUUCGAUAUAAAACCUUGAAGAAACACAAUUUUGACAA